GGCAUUUUUCGCUUUAGGCACUGUGUUGAAACCCUCGCUCUCUUUCUCACUACAAAUCUCACACCAACAUCACAGCCCCACCCCACCCUAAAGAACAAGCUCCGACCACCGCCCAUGGCGACCAGCGUGAUUAGGGUUCUUCUUCUCACUCUCCUCCUCAUCGCAUCCCCUUUCCUCCAAGUCGCCAGGGGCCAGUCUAAUUCGGAAGUGGAUGCUUCUGACACCGUGGAAGAAACUAGUGAUCUUGGGAUUGUUGGCGAGGAUGUCCAAGAUUUUGGAGACGGAAAUUUUAGCCCAGCUCCCGGAGUUGAUACAAUCUGUUUCUUCCCCAAAAACAUCGCUAAAACGGUGGCGGCAGGGGAAGAGACUGAAAUACUGGUUGGUCUGAAAAAUGAUGGAGAGUCAAGCUUGAAUGUGAUUGCAGUCAAAGCCAGCGUUCAUCUUCCUUUCGAUCACAAUCUGCUGGUUCAGAAUCUUACUGCCCAGGCUUUUAACAAUGGAUCAGUUCCAGCUUCGGCCCAGGCUACUUUCCCAUACAUAUUUGCUGUCAGCAAGUUCUUACAGCCUGGCGCUUUUGAUCUCGUGGGUACCAUUUAUUAUGAGAUAGACCAGCAACCAUACCAGAGCACCUUCUACAAUGGUACUAUCGAAGUUGUUGAGGCUGGUGCUAUGCUCAGCAUUGAGUCUGUUUUUCUUGUCACCCUUGGAUGUGCCCUUCUUGUCCUCCUAGGUUUAUGGAUUCAUGGUCAAAUACAGCACCUUUCUAAGAAAACCAAGAGGGCUCCCAAGGUGGAAGUUGGAACCAAGGCUACCGAUGCCUCUAUGGAUGAAUGGCUUCAGGGAACUGCAUAUACUCAGUCAGUCAAAGACAAAACAAAGAAGAAGAAAUAGAUUACAGAACUGUUCACAGUUCAUCUGCACGAGACAUUACAUUGAAGUGCAGACUCUUAUAACCCACACUAGGGAUGUGAAGAUAUGUAAGAGAGGUCGAAAACUUGCACAAGUUCUGGAAUUUAGACCAGAAAACAAUACUUGCCUUGCUAUUGUAGACACGACGGGAAACUUUUACAGUUUCUUUUUUAGAGAUGGAGUUGAGAAGUUCAACUAACGCAAUGCUAGGAAUCAUACAAUUUUGUUGAUGCGAUACAAUUUUCCUUAAGAUCUUGUUUUGAUUCGGGAUUUGCA